GGAAUAUAUAUAUACAUUGAUUAUCCUAUGCAAAAAGACAAAAAUUGAUUAGCUAAUCUGGGCUAUCUAUAUGAACUGCUUUGGUGAGCCCUCCCCUUCAGCACUUGUUGCGCAGAGGAUAGAUGGUGCUUCGGAGUCCUAGAAGAAAGGAGCAGGAACUAAUCGACCGAACGCAGCAACAGGUGCACACUGGUCCCCAGCAUCUUCACUGACCUGUCCUUGAGGACAUCUCACUGAACACAAUUCCCCUAUCUUUCUGGGUAACAGUCUCGCGUUCAGAAUGCCUGUCCUUAUGAAUCCGGAGGUUGCCUCCAAGUUUAAGGAGAAAUGGCUGACCCUCCAGCCGGUGGACCAGGACGCCUCAAUUGGCUCAGUGCACUUAGACGACAGCCUGACGAGUCUGCACUGGCUCCAGAACUUCUCCAUCCUCAACGCUAACCCGGAAAGACCCACCAGCUCCGGCUCGGGUUGCACUUCCCAGCACCUUCAUUCAUACCACCAGCGGCUGUACCCCAGGGGCACCGACUCCCCGUCUAGCCCUCCAGCCGGGGACACCGCCGCUACCGGGAUGCCUCUUAGCCUCGGUAGCCCAGAUACCUCUGGCAGUAACUCCACCGACGCGCGUUUGGUGAAUUACGCACAUCACCACACUACAAUCUAUCCUCACCACGACCACCAUAUCACGGCGCAGAUAAUCCCGCCGGAGGAGAUAGACUACAAAACGAACCCCAAAGUCAAACCGCCUUACUCCUACGCUUCUCUCAUUUGUAUGGCCAUGCAGGCCAGCAAGAAGCCCAAGGUGACUCUGUCCACCAUCUAUAACUGGAUCACAGACAACUUCUGCUACUACAGACACGCAGAGCCCAGCUGGCAGAACUCAAUUCGGCAUAACCUCUCGCUCAACAAGUGCUUUAUGAAGGUUCCACGACAGAAAGAUGAACCAGGAAAAGGAGGUUUCUGGCAGAUCGACCCUCAGUACGCUGACAUGUUUGUUAAUGGAGUCUUCAAGAGAAGGAGAAUGUCUUCCAACCUUUACAGCAGCCAUAAGCCGAACAAGCUCUUACACAAUCUUGAGACUGGUUUCCAGGUAGCAGCACAGGGGAUCCAAGAUGGCUACCACUACCUGCCUGCAGCAGGCAGCAAGCGCAAACAGCCUUCUCCAAGGCAAAAUGGCAAAAUGGCACGGACACCUAAGUCCCCCCUUUUAGCCACUGAGGCCCACAGCAGCGAUGGAACUCUGAAGGGAGACUUUGACCUGGCAUCUGUCUUUGACGAUGUCCUAAGUGGAGGCUGCAGUACGUUUGAAGACCUGGACAUCAACUCUGCUCUGAGCUCGCUGGGCUGUGAACUAGACCUGACCUUGCAGGGGAGGCACUCUACUGGGCUGGGGAGGUGGUGUGGAGAAGGGGACAAUGAGCCCCAGAUCCAGCAGACCCAACAGUCUUACGCCUACAUGGAGCUGAGUGGCUCAACAGGAUGUAACUGUGGUAACCUGGCGGAGCUUCAGGUUCAACAGGUGAACCACGACCAGUUGUUGCAGACGCACCUGCAACAGUUUGAGGAGGUGACUCUGUUCCCAGAGCGGCAGGAGGUGCACCCUUGGGAGGAGAUGAAGGAAGAGGCACAGGCCAUCCCGCUGUCUCUGGAUCAGGGCUUUGGUCUGUGUGAAGGAUUCUUCUCAGAGAUCCAGCCCUGGGAGAGGUCUGAGGCCUUUCUGUGACAGACCUCUGUGAUCCCUGUGUUUCUGAUCCAGGGAACUACAGUUUCUUCAGACUGGGGCUAAAGACUGGGUUAUGGUUGGAAGAAACAUGGAAACAAGUACAUGACACCAUUAGUCUUACCUCCUGUUGGGCCCUCCACUCCAAACAUACUCCUGAUGCGCCCAUUACAUACAAACGACUAUUUUGCUACAUUAGCAGAAUAAGAUCCUAAAUACUGUUAUUUUGUAUUUUUAUUAACAUUUGCUUUUGCAUUAUGUUUUGAGAAAUCUAUGCUGUAUGUUUAUGACUUUAUUAAUAUAUGUUUCUGUUUUCAUCGCAGACUGGAAAAGUCAAUUAAGAGUCAGUUCUUAAAGUGGUGGGUCCUAGUCAAACUUAGUGUUUUCCAAGUAACCAUUUUAACAUAUCUACUACAGUCUAUAAGAUGGAUGGACAUGUCUUGAGUCAAAAGCUAUGGCAAAGCAGAGAGAAAGACAUGAAAUUAACUGAAAUGCCUCAUUUAGAAAACUCAAGAAUAUGCACAUUGAGAGACAGGUACGGUAUGAUUGAGGCAAGCUGUAUGUCACAAUGCUAUUGGCUCGUGGUCCAUAAAACAUGCAGAGGCACAGAUUAAAUGUGUACAAAACAUUGUUUUACAGCAAUACAAAAGCCUUGGCAGGCCUUUUUUGUACAAACUUUCCAUUCUGUUAAUCUUGUAUUUGAUUAAAAUCUGCUGAUUAGUCUUUAGGAUUAUGCUUCCCAUUGAAGAAAUGUUGAUUCUCUCACUGGGUGAUCAGCGUCUUUUGAGUGAUAUUGGUUACUGUUCAUGAUUGAUUUGUUUCUUCAAAAUACAAUACUUUUAAUGUUUUCUCAAAAUGGACUAUUUUUAAAAGGAUGAUUUGUUAAAUUGUUAGUUUUUUUAAGCAAACUGAUUAGGAAAACCGAUGAAGUGAUGAAACUGAUUGAAAAGCUUGUUCUCUAGAAAUGUUUGAUGAAGUCUUUGAUUUGUCAUUUAGUUGUUUUCAUUUGUGUU